CGCGAACAAGCCAUCACUGCACACCUGCUCUGCCCCUCCGUCUCUGUCUCUCUCCCUCAAACCCGAUAGAGGCACUGGUUUCUCUUCUGCGAGCAUCUCCCUGCCCCUUGGCCCUACCCACGUACCCCGUGGUCGUGGGCAAUUCAUCGCCACAUGUCAGCUCUGCCGUUGGGUCUCUUUUCCCCCAACCUCGAUGACACCAGGGUUUGCUCUCUGACAAGAUGUGCUUCUUUGGUGUUGAGGUGCCACAGGUUGGUCUUAUUAUGGCCCAGAGGAUCCAUGUUUCGGACAUCAGAGCCGAUUCCUGAUGUAUUCCCCGUGGAGUCGCGGGAUCUCAUGAGCAUCACCGAUACCCAGCUGGGCCACGACGGCAAGGGCACACCUCUGUGCGGGGACGCCGACUUAGGUUUGCUCAAAAGCCACCAGCGGCUGGACCAUGAGUGGAUGUCCCCCAUGGAUGAGUUUGCCGAAGCGCAGCAAGGUGGACCAUACAAGUAAUGAAGUGCAUCUUCCAGUCUUGGCAUCGCCGAAGCUGAAAUUUGCAACACUGCUGAGCUUGGAAGCAGUGGGCAAAGUGGUGGAUUCCCCCUGAAGCCGGUGUGUUCCAAGUUUGCUCUCAAGCUACCAGUGGAUGGACCAUAUAUUUUUGUCAAAUUCUUAAUGAUACCUCUGUAGUUCUUCGUGAUUUACUACAACAAUUGCUCCUAUACUAUUUAGUCACUGAAAAUUUCCAUUGUUAUCAAGAGCUUACUUUUAUUCUUAGUAAUUCAUAUGCCACAGUUCUGGCUAUUGAAGUUGUCCUAUUGACAACUGUUGUUGUUUCAUAUGAUACUCUCUUGACAGUAGGAACCUGAUUCAUGUAGAUUUUGAAAUGGUCAAUCUUUUUCUAUUCUGCACACUUGUUGGAAUAUUAUGGAGCCAACUUCAUUGUAGGUUUUGCCUUAUAAUCCAAACUAAUAAUUGUGAUCUCGUUGAAACAUGUUUGGUGAUUAAUACACUUCAGAAAUAUUGAAAAGAGUAUUGAUGCUAUUAUUGCCGACCACAAUUUCUUUUUCUUUUUUAUAAUCAUGAUUGAAAGAGCCUGAGUUAUUUUUGUAUUAUGUUUUGUUCUCUAGUGCGCAAGCUGCUUGUUUGAUUGUUCAGUAGAUGACAUUCGCUUGAUAGAAACCACAUUC